GAUACAUCUUGACAUUCAUGUCUAUAAAUAAAUUGUGGAACGCAUAGCUAUAAUAUUCAUCAUCCAUUCUGUAGUUUAACUGCAUAGAUUUUUCCAAUUUCAACUAUGGAAUCAGCUUCUCUUUCUUCCUCUUCUUUCCUUCCAUCUCUACAUUCCCGGAAAAUGUUUACCCCACGGUGGCACGAUAAAAGGUCUCGCUGCAGUCUGGUUUUUGCAGCCGGAAGAGAGUCUCAACAAUGGAAUCACAGUGGACAACUAGUGAAUGAAAGCUUGAUCGUGUUAAGGAAACGGAUUCAUGAUAUGAAGAUUAUUGAGAGAAAUUAUGAGCCACCGGCGGAUUGGAUGGAGUGGGAGAAGCAGUAUUAUACAUCGUACAACGAGUUCAUUUGCCAAAUUGUGGGGUUAUUGCAAUCGUAUUUGAUGAAUACCAAACCUAGCUUGGCUCUUGGGAUUUUAGCGUUGGUUACAAUCUACUUGCAAGCAUCCAUAAUCAUGGAUUUAGUGCACUUGGUUCAGGCUGCCAAUGGAAUCUUGUCUACUAUCGGUUUCCAUUGACAUUUAAAUUGUAUAUAAAGUCGUAGGCUCGGAGCUUAGCAAUGCAUAAAUAAAUUGUACAUAUUAAAUUGGGUUAAUGUAAAAA